UUCACAUCUGGAGAAAGAUUUUUAAUGAUCCAUCUCUAGCAGUGGGUGAGUGGGAAAAAGGCUUUACAGGAUGAAGUGGAUGGUGUUUCUCUCUCUCUCUCUCUCUCUCUCUCUCUCUCUCUCUUUAACACCCCUAGAUUUUCUCACACAUCUUCCCUCUUUUUUCCCACAUCCUCCUCUUCUCCUCCUAUCGCUCUCUCUCUCUCUCGCUCUGUCUCUCUCUCUUCCUCUCUCGAACACACCCCUGUAUUUUCUCCUGAAGGGUUUUUCUUCAUAUCACACAUUUUCCCUCUUUUCUUCCACUUCUCGCUCUCUGCUCACCCCCCCAGCUAGCUCCCUCUUCCAAUCUCUCUAUCUGUCCAUCACUUCACCUACUCUAACUGUUUUGAAGGACUCUGCUGGUCACAGCACACUAGGACCUCAGCAUGUCCCCUCUCCCCACUCUCUGACCCUCUUUCCUCUCUUCAUCCUUCUCUCCCCUCCCUCCCUUUCUUUCUCUCUCUCUCUCUCUCUCUCUCUCUUUCUCUCUUUCUCUCUCUCUCUGUCUCUCUCUGUCUCUCCUGGCCAUGUUCCUCAGGAUCUUCAUCCCCAAGAAGCACCGUCAGCGCUUCGAUGAGGUUGUGUCUCAGAGCCUGAUGUGCCGUCUGCGUGGUCGCAGCUUCAGCGAGCACCGGCACAACCGCCUGCGCCGCAGCCGCAGCGAGGACCACCCUGAGCGCCUGCUGGUGUCCACGCGCGCCAGCUCCGUGCCACGCACCGCCCAUGACGAGGGCCUGCCCCCGGCCUCACGCGGCCUCCGCAAGACCACCUCGCUCAUCGCCGGACACGCCAGUGCCGCAGCCAACGCCAACCGCAGGACUGUGCGAGUGUACAAAGGCAACCAGAGUUUCGGCUUCACCCUACGGGGCCAUGCUCCAGUCUGGAUCGACUCUGUCAUCCCAGGUAGCCCUGCAGAGCAGGCCGGCCUGAAGCCUGGAGACCGCAUCCUGUUUCUCAAUGGACUUGAUAUGAGGAGCUGCUCCCAUGAGAAGGUGGUGUCCAUGCUACAAGGCAGCGGUGCCAUGCCCACGCUGGUGGUGGAGGACGGGCCCCCCAUGUUCGUGCUGCCCGACCCUGAGCUCCAGCAGCCGGGCGGCGCCUCCCCCGGGGGACGCUCCCGCUCCCCGGUGCUCACCUCCCUGCAGUGGGUGGCCGAGAUCCUGCCGCCCAGCAUCCGCGUACAGGGCCGCACCUUCAGCCAGCAGCUGGAGCACCUGCUCACCCCGCUGGAGCGCUACACCAUCUGCAAGUCCCUGGAGUCCUUCUUCCAGCACAGGAAUGUGGACACUCUAAUUGUGGACGUCUUCCCUGUGCUGGACACGCCGGCCAAGCAGGUGAUCUGGCAGUUCAUCUACCAGCUGCUGACCUACGAGGAGCAGGAGCACUGCCAGACCAAGAUCUCACGCUUCCUGGGAUACAGAGUCUCAAUGCCUCCUGUGGAGCCUGAGCCAGCCCCUGAGCCGCCUCAUCGGCGCAGCAGCUCCAUGAAGGUGACGGGCACCACCUACAGGAGCAGCGUGAGAGGACGCACCUCAGACGACAUGGUCAUCGGCACACACCUCGGCAUGGGUAUUCACACGGAGCCCGUGGAGGUGGGCAUGAGGUUGGCGCCCGGCGAAAGGCAGUCCGGUGACGGAACCUCCCUCCCAGAGACCCCCAACAACCUUACCAACCUGUCUGCCGUGUACGCGGAGCUGGAGAAUGCCUACGCAGGGAAGCGUUCAAAGUCCCUCAAGAGCCGCCCCCCGCCUACCCUGGACACGCUGGCCGGCGGCAACCCCUUCCAACACGCCCCGUCUCCAUCCAGGCGGACCACUUCAGGCAGCAGGAAGGGUGGCCAGCGCCAUUCGCCCCAUGUCUGGAACGAGCCUCUCCCGGAGGCCCAGUACUACCCCCCUGUGCUGCCCACUCAGACCAGCGCUGAGUCCAACCCCUACAUCAGCCUGGACAGCCCCCCGCCUUCCCCCCCAGACUUCGCCCCCAGCCCACCCCAGCGCCUCCGCAAGCGCUACACCUUCUCCCGGCCCCCGCGCACCGUCGACACCGAACGUUUCCUAGACGCUCUCAGCCAGCAGCUGGGGCAGCCGGCACUCGCCGCGGACGACUUCCUCUCCCCAGAGAACGACUACGAGGAGGAUGUUGUCCAGAUGGGCUUCCAGGACCUGGAGGAUGAGGAGUUGGAGGAAGAGGAGGGCCUGGAGGAGGAGGAGGAAGACCUGGAGGAGGAAGAGGAGGAGGAUGAUGACGACGACGAUGACGAGGGAGAGGAGGGUGAGGAGGGAGUCGUGUUUCUGCCCCCGGAGUUGAGCAGCGCCAGCGAGCUGCACAGCGGCCCCAGCAGCGAGGACGCCAGCUCGCUCACCUACUCCUCCGGCUCCGAGCCCAUCCCCCCACCCCCUCUCAGUCCCCCUCCUCCACCGCCGGUCCACUUCACCGAUCCGCCCAUGCCCCCCCCUGGCAGCGCUGGUGGUGGUGGUGGCGGUGGCGGGGUGGCCUACACCCCCGAGCAUGGCGGCCGAGUGCUGACCUUCCGCCGGCACCCUGGACCCCCACCACCACCUCCUCCCCGGCCCCCUCCACCCCCCUGUGGGCCCCCGCCGCUGCCCCGCCAGCCCACCCUGGACACCAGCCACAUGAGUGUGAAGCGGCUGCGCUGGGAGCAGGUGGAGAACUCCGAGGGGACCAUAUGGGGACAGAUGGGGGAAGAUUCUGAUUUUGAUAAACUGAGUGACAUGGUGAAGUAUCUGGAUCUGGAAUUGCACUUUGGAACUCAGAAGACUCCAGAGCCCACGCCUCAGCCCGAGGUCUCCACCUUCAAGAAGAAAGAUGUUGUGGAAAUCCUCUCCCACAAGAAGGCCUACAGCGCCUCCAUCUUGAUCGCCCACCUGAAGCUGUCCCCCAUAGAGCUGCGUCAGGUGCUGAUGACCAUGGCCACCGAGCGUCUGGAGUCGGAGCACAUCAUGCAGCUGCUACUCUACGCCCCUGACGAGGUGGAGGUCAAGCAGUAUGAGCUCUACCGGCAGGACCCCAGCAAACUCAGCGAGCCGGACCAGUUUGUGCUGCAGAUGCUGUCCGUUCCAGACUACAAGAGCCGUUUGCGGAGCCUGUACUUUAAGACCACCCUACAGGAGAAGACUGAGGAGAUGCGGGGGGCGUACGAGUGCAUCUACACUGCCUCUGUGGAGCUCAAGACCAGCAGGAAGCUGGCUAAGAUACUAGAGUUUGUAUUGGCCAUGGGGAACUACCUGAACAAUGGCCAGCCCAAGACUAAUAAGACCACUGGAUUUAAAAUCAAUUUUCUCAAUGAGCUUAGCACAACCAAAACUGUGGAUGGCAAGUCCACCUUUCUGCACAUUCUUGUCAAGUCACUUUAUCAACACUUUCCGGAUGUGCUGGACUUUGCCAAGGAACUGACAACAGUGCAUCUGGCAGCCAAAGUGAAUCAGAGGAACAUCACCUCUGAUCUGAACGACCUGCACGGCACCAUCCAGGAGAUUCGCGCAGCCUGCCAGAAAAUGCCAGCCACAUCUGAGGACCGAUUCGCUGUGGUCAUGAGCGGCUUUCUGGAGAACUCACACCCAGCGGUGCAGUCCCUGGAGUCCCUGCAGCAGAGGGCCAUGGAGGAGUUCUCCCGCGUCGCCACCUUCUUCGGCGAGAACAGCAAUUCUACCAACACAGAGGCUUUCUUUGGCCUCUUCGGCGAUUUUAUGUCCAAAUUUGAGAGGGUUUUGAGUGAGAACCAGAUAUCAGAGAACCCCCCACGGAGCCCCCGGAGCCCUCGCAUGGCCUCACCUCUUGCGUGGUGAGGGGAGUGUGUCAGACACACACACACACACACACACACACACAUACACACACACACACACACACACACACACACACACACACACAGACAUGAACUAUCACACAACACACUCUCACUGACUUGUCUUUCGAGUCUGGCAGUUGUACAUGAUUCACACUCAACGACAGUGAUCUUUGCAGUUCUACCACACUGGCAUAGAAAUGCUCUCAAGCUGACUGAAGCAGCUGUUGCACUCCUACAUGGAGAAUUUCUACUGUUACAUAAAGAUGAAUGUGUUAAGUUCUACAAGAGGGAUUUGUUCAUUGGAUACCCUCACAAAGGCAGUGUGGGGAUUAACUAUUAAUUACCCCCAACAACUGUCUGAGGAACAGCCUUGCCAGUUUUCAUUGUGUAUUUAAAUCAAACUGUACAUUUUAAACUGAACAGGACAGAACAGGAACAGAACAGGAGUCAAUUACAUUUUAGCAUACACGCCUAGCAAGUGCAAGUAAGCAGAGAUGAUAUUGAGUAUGCUGGGGAACUUCUAUAAUAGAAAAAAUCUGCAGUAAGAACCUUGUUCAUUCAAACCUGUGACUACAGAAACUGUAUCAUCUGACCAUUUUAUGCUGUAUGUAUGUUGUAAUUAAAAGCAAGUGUUGGUAUUAUACAGUAUUCAUAUCUAAAAUCUUGACAAUAUUUGUGAAAUCUUUUAAAUAAUGCUUUGGCUUCAUGUUCCAAGCUGCUGUACUGAAUGUAUACACUGUUGAGCUUUGUAAGGGCUUAGACAUAACUUGUCAAUCACAUAAAGUUUAAUUUGGUUUGUUUUGUAAAGCAUACAACAGGAAGAUUUACUUUUUUUCUUUUUCAAAUUAGUUAGAAAUUCAUAGCAAGCAGACAUUUCCCCCUCAGGUGGUUUUGUUUCCGUCAGUUUUAUCUUUUAGUUAAAUAGUAGAUUUGAUAAAAAAAGACAUUCUUAUUAUAUUUCAUAUCUUAUAGCCACCUUCACCAAUUCUUGAUUUUGUUUUGUUUUUAACUACAGCCCAAGACUAGACUGUGAAGUAGAGGUUGGCAAUGUCAUUGUCGUGGGUAAAAGUGUACAUAAAUGUGCAGAUAAAUUAUUGACCAUGUACCAGAAAUAAUCUAGGUAUGGUAUAGCCAACCCAUACUUCAAUUAAUGUGCAUAUUCUGGCAUGUGUUAGAAUUUUAAACCAGUUAUGAUUUUAUUUAUAUUUUAUCAAAAUCAUUAUUUGAUUACUGCCUUCAUGCUUGACAGAUGGAUGAACGUGUGCUUCAGUUGUCAAUCCAUGUGCGAUAUUGAUAAAUCAUGCUGUGUAAACCUAACCUGCUCUCCAUGCGCCUUGAUCAGUGUUCAAUUGAACCUCUGUGCAGCACAGCACUGGUUACAAUGUUCCAGGUAGCGAACCCUGUCAAAAUAUGAGGGCGGACGUCUGAUUCUCUAAUGAAAUAAACAAAAUUAAAAAUUAAAAAAUGAAACUGCAGGACUCCAGAUAAGCAGCCGCCACCCUGUCAUUUAGGUGCUUACGAUAAGACUGUUGCUGGCCUUUGUAAGAGCUUGAUGGGGCCGUGUGUCUUCAAGAAACUUCUAUGUGUUUCUUUGGCCUUUGUUGAGUGGUGUGGUCUUCUAAUGCUAUCAGUCUGUCAUUAACUUGUAGACACGUGUUGACAGCGCUGCUGUUGUCAUCACCUGUGUGGGUAAUAAAAGACUUACAUUUUAA